CCGAAAUGAGCGUGAUGUACUAUGUGCGUCUGCGCUGCGCACUGAGCCGAGCAGCUGUCAAGUGAUAGAUUUAGGAUUAUAUCAGCUGAACGCUCAACCACAUCAGUCCAAAUGAGCUGUUAAAGCCGUCAACCCUCAGUUUCUGUGCCAGACUUCAUGGCCGCAGAGGAGAACGAGUGCGUGUCCCGGCAGGACUCCGAGCUCAUGAGGGCAUGGGAGCUGGAAGCCAUUCUGACCAAUCGCACGCUGCGCUUCGUGUUGCGCUUAGAGCAGCAGUUCGUGUGCCCGUCCUGCGGCGGGAUGGUCCUGAACCCUCACCAGACGGGCUGCGGGCACAUCUUCUGCGCUCGGUGCGUGAGGGCGUACAUUAAAAAUGGAGGAAGUUCGAAAUGUCCUUUAGACAGCAUCCCUAUAAAAUCAGAAGAGAUUUUUCAAGACAACUGCUGUAAAAGAGAACUGCUAAACUUAGAGGUCUACUGUACCAACGCACCAGACUGCGCACAGAGGGUUACUUUAUGCAACCUUCAGGGUCAUCUGAAAGCUUGCCAGUAUGAGCGGCUUAGAUGUUCCAACUCAGGGUGCAACGACACCGUGUUACGCAAAAACCUGCUGGACCAUCAGAGGAAGGUCUGCUCGUUCCGGCUGGAGUCCUGCCACCACUGCAGACAGCCGUUCCUCGCAUCUCACCUGCAGGCCCAUCAGAAGACCUCAUGCCCUGAAAUCCAAGACCCAUGUCCCAACAAGUGUCCUCAGAUGAUCAGAAGACACAAGCUGCAAGCUCAUGCUGACGAGUGUCUUGAAGUGGAGACUGACUGCCUUUAUAAAAACUAUGGCUGCACAUUCAGAGAUAAAAGAGGGAAAGUGCAAGUUCAUGAAAACACAGAGUUCAGUUCCCAUGUUCGGCUGGUUCUGGAAAGUAACACCAAACUUGAGACACAGGUGGAGCAGCUGCAGCAGGAUAUGUUAGUCCAGCAGGGGGCGCUGAAGGACAAAAGUUUUGUGGUCAGCAAUCUGGACCGGGACAUCACCUUGUGUGACAGCACACUUACUACCUUACAGCUGCAAGCUCAUGCUGACGAGUGUCUUGAAGUGGAGACUGACUGCCUUUAUAAAAACUAUGGCUGCACGUUCAGAGAUAAAAGAGGGAAAGUGCAAGUUCAUGAAAACACAGAGUUCAGUUCCCAUGUUCGGCUGGUUCUGGAAAGUAACACCAAACUUGAGACACAGGUGGAGCAGCUGCAGCAGGAUAUGUUAGUCCAGCAGGGGGCGCUGAAGGACAAAAGUUUUGUGGUCAGCAAUCUGGACCGGGACAUCACCUUGUGUGACAGCACACUUACUACCUUACAGAGGUCUGUGGAGGAGCAGCGAGUGCGGAUCUGCAGCGUUCAGCGUGAACUGAGGGAUCUGCGGGGCGUUCUGGGCUCUGAACUGAGCGAAGAGCUCCCGAGCCUUCGGGCAUCGCUGGACUCCCUCAGACAGCAGGUGGCCGUCACUGAAAGCCUCAGGGAACACCUCGGUGCGUUAGAGCAGACGUGUCAGCGUCAUACCCGCUUGUUAGACAUCCACGUGGAGCAGCUGCAGUGUAAUGAGCAGCGUUUCCACCAGCUCGUAUCCACUUCCUACGACGGGAAGCUCAUCUGGAAAGUGCGCGACUACUGGCACCGGAAAGAGGCCGGCACCCUACUCAACUCGACCCCCCUCUACACCAGCCGUAGCGGCUACAAGCUCAGUGUGCGGGCUUGUCGUAGUGGCUACAAGCUCAGUGUGCGGGCUUACCUCGGCGGGGACAGCUCAGGGAGAGGCACUCACCUGUCGCUCUACAUCACGAUAAUGCGCGGAGACUUCGACUCGCUCUUAUCGUGGCCUUUCAGACAGAACAUAACGUUAACACUGCUGGACCAAAGCGGCUCGAGGAACCACCAGAGCAAUACUUUCACCCCCGAUACCAACAGCGAUAGCUUUCAUCGGCCAACAUCUGAUGCUAAUGUAGCCACAGGGUUCCCGAGAUUCAUAUUGCACGGCGAUCUGGAGGCCCCUCGAAAUGCCGUUUAUGUGAGAGACGACACGCUGUUCAUCAAAGUGAAGGUGGACACAACUGGAUUAGAGGACUUGUAG